AUGGAAGUGGACAUAACAGAUCAGCAGCAACAGCAGCUGAGGGAGGAGAUGCUGCCUGGCGCUGAAGAGGAAGCAGAGUUUGUGUGCCAAAAUACAGCUUUUACAUUGUUUCCUCUCCUUUCAGAACGCCUCUACACCGCGCCAGCCGAAAUAAUCGCAUUGCUGUUCUUCUUUUAUGGCGGCAUUAGCUUCAUCGCCGUCAUUGGCAACACGCUGGUCAUUUGGGUGGUGGCCACCACACGACAAAUGCGCACAGUCACCAACAUGUAUAUUGCGAAUUUGGCCUUUGCUGACGUCAUCAUUGGACUAUUUUGCAUACCAUUUCAGUUCCAAGCGGCAUUGCUGCAACGCUGGAACCUGCCCUGGUUCAUGUGUGGGUUUUGUCCAUUUGUGCAGGCCCUUAGUGUUAACGUCUCCGUCUUCACAUUGACGGCGAUAGCAAUCGAUCGACAUCGUGCCAUUAUUAAUCCAUUGCGAGCACGUCCCACCAAGUUCGUCUCGAAAUUCAUAAUUGGGGGAAUUUGGCUGCUCGCUCUACUCUGUGCCAUACCCUGCGCCAUUGCGUUUCGUGUUGAAGAGGUGCACGAACGGUUCAAGGAUGAUGACGUCAUCACUAAUGUAACGCGACCGUUUUGCAUGAAUAAGAAUCUCUCGGACGAUCAAUUAAAAACGUAUCGCUAUUCCCUGGUCUUUGUGCAGUAUCUGGUACCGUUCUGCGUCAUCAGCUUCGUUUACAUACAGAUGGCCGUUCGCCUUUGGGGCACACGGGCGCCGGGAAAUGCGCAGGAUUCGCGAGACAUAACGCUGCUCAAAAAUAAAAAGAAGGUCAUCAAAAUGCUGAUUAUCGUUGUGAUUAUAUUCGGCCUGUGCUGGCUGCCGUUGCAGCUCUAUAAUAUUCUGCACGUCACGAUGCCGGAAAUCAACGAAUACCAUUUCAUUAGCAUUGUCUGGUUCUUCUGCGACUGGCUGGCGAUGAGCAAUAGCUGCUAUAAUCCCUUCAUCUAUGGCAUUUACAAUGAGAAGUUCAAGCGUGAAUUCAACAAACGUUUCGCGGCCUGCUUUUGCAAAUUCCAUACUAGCUUGGAACCACAUGAGCGCACCUUCUCAAUGCACACACGUGCCAGUUCCAUACGCUCCACGUAUGCCAACUCAUCGAUGCGUAUUCGCAGCAAUCUUUUUGGUGGAAGGCAUGCUUCAAAUGGUAGCUCCAAGAAUGGCAUUAACGGUGGUGCAGGUGGCUUGCAGCUUUCCCGCAACGGUGCGCCGCUUUAUAAUGCCAUUGUCUAUACGAAUGGACAGCGACACACCAAUGGACUUGGUGCCAUACCGUUGACUCCAGGCGGCUACCACAACAAUAAUGGUCAUCAGAAUAUGGUCACCUUUGCGGGUGGUGCAGCAGCACCACCGUGGCGUAGGAAUCACUUCAAACCACUGCAUCCGAAUGUCAUUGAAUGCGAAGACGAUUUGGCACUCAUGGAAAUGCCAUCGACGACACCACCCUCCGAGGAACCAUCGAGUGGUGCAGGCGCCGGGGUGCAGCUGGCGCUCCUCAAAGCCGAUUCAUGUGAGAGCUCAAGCUGCAUCUGUGAGCAGGAGUUUGGCAGUCGUACCGAAUGCGACGGCACCUGCAUUCUCAGCGAGGUGUCUCGGGUGCAGCUCUCGCCACCGCCUUCGCUCUCAGAGGGGGGUGCCCCCAUCGAGGGCGAGUCCCUGUGGCAACCACUGUAAGGGGACUGGAUUGACAUUGCAGCUGGAACUGUCUAGGUGUUUUACUCUGUGAUUUCGUAAAAAUGAAUUGUGAUUCCGAAUACAAUGAUGCUGAUGAUGAGAAUGGUGGAACGAUAAUGCUUCUGCAGUUGCUGCAGACAGCUAAGGAUAUAUCUGUGUGUGUUUGUUGCGAGUGUUGUGUGCGUGUGUGUGUGUGUGUGUGUAAAUAAUUGGACUCGG